AUGCAGCGGGGUUGGGAUGAUGAGUUCUACUAUUCGGACGAGCGUUACGGCGGCACUCGAUACCCAGCGCCUGGAGGCAUGGGCCGCAGCCCCUUUCGCCGCAGCGGUGGCCUUCUCGACCCAGGCGCCCAUCAUCACGUAGGCGGCCUCCAUCGCUCGCACUCAACUGGGUCGCGCGGCGUGCCCAAUAUCCACAUCCACAACAACAUAGAGCAGGACAUGCACCCACGCCUGGACGCGCGCGCCCAGCAGCGCACGCCAAGCGCCUCGCCACGAGGCCGCCCCGUCAUGCUCGACGACGAGUGGGCGCUCGAGGACGACGCUCCGUUCCGACUGGCACCGGGGGCCGCGCGUUCGAGGUCGCGCGGGCGCCCUGGCUUCGCCGAACACUUCCACCAUCACGACCAUUUCGGUUCCCACCACGACUCACCCAGCCCGGACUACCGCGCGGUGCAGCUGGCGCUCACUGAGGAGCGGAGGCGCGAGGCGGAGGAGCGGCUGCGGCGCGAGCAGGCCGAGGAGUUCGUGCGCAAGGACAUGGAGCUCAAGUACAUCCGCGAGCAGCAGGAGCGCGAGGAGGAAGAGGCGCUGAUCCAGAAGCGGCUGAAGCUGAAGAUGCUCAAGGACAAGGCGGACCGGGAGGAGGAGGCGGCGCGGCUGAAGCGCGAGGAGGAGCACAUCCGGCAGAAGUACGAGCUCAAGCGGGAGCAGGACGAGCGCAAGCGGCGCGCCGAGGAGGAGGAGAUUGCGCAGCUGAAGAAGCGCGCGGUGCAGGAGGAGAAGGAGCGUGCGGCCAAGGAGGCGGCGGCGAAGAAGGCGGCGGCCGAGGAGUACCGGUUGAAGAUGGAGAAGGAGGCCAAGGAGGCCGAGGACGAGCGCAAGCGCAUCAUCGCCGACUUCGAGCGGAAGAAGUCGGAGGACGCGAAGAAGAAGCAGGAGGAGGAGCAGGCGUUGAUCAGGCGGCUGAAGGAGCAGGAGGAGGCCAAGAAGAAGAGGGAGAAGGCCGAGUGGGAGGAGUUUGAGCGCAAGCAGAAGGAAAAACAGGAGAAGGCGGCGGCGGAGAAGAAGAAGAAGGAAGAGGAGUUCGAGGCCGACAUGCGCAAGCGUCUCGCCCAGUUCGGCUUCCAGGAGAACCAGAUCCAGGCCAUGAUCAAGCCCGAGAAGGCGAAGGAUUUAGCUGUCGGUCUCAGCCCGGCCAACCCCAUAGAGCAGCACCACCACCACCACCAUCAGCACAAGCCGACCUACGUCAAGGUGCACCGCGAUCACCUCGCCAUCGAGACGUUGACGUACUACAACUUGCCGUGGGAGUGGGAUAGGACUGACACCGACUACAUCAUCAUCCUCCGCGAGAUGGACGCUCGCGAGACGGACAUCUUAUUUGAGCACACGAAGCGCGUCCGCAGCAAGACCACCGAGACGCGCUUGCUCAUCCAGGAGCGUCACAACCACGACGGCAAGCCCGAGUAUGCAUGGGUGCGCAAGCGGAGCAAGAGCAAGAGCCCGAUGAGGGUUCGCGCCGCCAGCAGCCCCAAGAGGAAUGUGUUGUGGUUGGGUUGA